CUGGAUGGAGAUCCUGAGCCAUGUAUGCGGCCUAAAGGCCACAGUACAAAAAUUGGCAAUAAUCAGGCUGUUAAUAGUGAUUAUGAGAACUCUGGCUAUGACAAAGGUCACCUCUAUCCUGUGCUCCACACCAAAAAUCAUCUGUCAAUGCUGGCCACAUCCACACUGACCAACGCGGCUCCGCAGAAUAAAUGUUUCAAUCGGGUAGCUUGGCUGGAACAUGAGAGAGCUGUAACUGAAGACCUGGAAUCCUGUGAUGAGGCUUAUGUGGUGACUGGUGUAGUUCCUGACAUGCAAGCCCCUAAACUGUAUAAUAGAGUCACUGUGUCAAAGUAUUACUGGAGAGCCACCUGCUGUCUGAAGGGCGAUCAGUACACAGGGAAGGGCUAUUAUGGACCGGACAACAACGGCAAAGUGGAGAAAUUAACAAUAAAAGGUCUUCAGGACAAGCUCAGUGGUUUUUACCAAAUACACAUUUUUCCAAGCAUACCAUGCUAA